UUUUGAAACCCCCCCUCCCCCUCCUCCACGGAAUACACACUAUAAGAACUUCCCAAACCCUCCAACCAUAGACGAAAACAGUGAAAACAUAAGCCCAGAUUCUUCUUUAUUGUCUUUCAUUUGUAUUUUUGGCGGAUUGGGGGUGGCCUUCAUUAAUCCCAAAUGAGCUGAAGAUUAAAGGUGCUUAUUUGAUUCAUGGGAGGCCGAAAUCAAAAUCAAUUUCUGAGGGUCUCGCUGAUGACGCCUUCUUCUUUUUUUCGAAGGCGUCUAUUAGUAACUUCCUCAGACAUUUACUGUUUUUUUUUCCUUUUUUCUUUUGAAUAGUUUAUUUUAUUGAAUGAAUUAGAGAUCGAUGGUGUUAGCAUUUCUUUUUAGAGAGAUAUGCAGGCUGCAAGACCAUUUUGCAAUGGAUGAUUUGGUUUUGUGCCUCUGCACAUUUCUCAAAAAAGGGGAAAAAAGCUAAAAAAAUCUGAAGCUGCAUCCCCAGAUUUACGAAGAUGGCUUUUGGAUUUUGAUUAUGUUUGUGUAUCUUGGGACUGUUUCGGGGAUUAUUUUAUCAGAUAAUCUCUUUCUUUGUUUGCUUUUGUCUCUGUUAGUUACAUGCUUAGCUAUUUUGUGUAUCUGUUUUCCAUUUUUGUUUGGAUUUCUGCUGAUCCGCUUCGAAAGUUUUGCUUUUGGGCAUGCUCUGAUUUUUUUUAUUACCCAUUACAGCGUUGAAAAAGUUUGUGUGAUAUGUGUAUUAGUGCUUUCUGCUCUAUAAAACAUAGACGUGUGGCUUAUUGGCUCAAUGUUGCUUUGAUCUUCCCUAGUGCAUUUUGUUUUCCCAAUGGCAGAGCAAUCCCACUGAGGGCCAGGGGCAAACCUUUUGACCAUUGCAGUCCUGUAUUUCCCUUGAUACUUUGCAAGAGCCAGCUUUGUUUCGCAUGGUGUCCUUGUGCUGUUGCCGGAAUAAACGCCGACGCUGUUUGUGGAACUUCUGAUCUAGUCCAUUUUGAACAUUCCAGCACGAAGACUGUAGCCCAUGGGAAAAUACACUAUCCUACGGUGGGCUAAUUCAGUGAUGGUUGGCCACCUCCAUUAAAGGAAAAAGCACCCCUGGUAAAAUAACAAUACUU